UGUAACAAUUUUUUCUUUUUUAGGCAAAGAUAUAAUAAAAAAAUGGAACAAUGCAAGAGAUAACUGGAUGAAAUAUCACAAAAAAGUUAAGGAAUGUAAAUCCGGCUCUGGUGCAAAAAGUCUACGAAAAUAUAAAUUCUACGAUCAAAUGCUCUUUUUGUGUAAAAUUGUGACUCGCCGAACAACGGAAGCAAGUAUUACAUCAGAAAAAAACAUCACACAAUCUCACAACAAAGAAACUGACUCACAAACCAAUAAUGACCCUACCGCACCAGCCAAUACUACCGAUUUAACAAAAACAAGCAAGAAGAGAAAGACAGACUGUAGCGAAGUUGAUCGACAAAUGCUUACUUUAAUUAAAUCAGUUGAAGAUGAAGACAAGAGUAAGAGUAUGUGUUUUUUCAAAGGUAUUGCUCCGAUUGUAGACAAGUAUAGUGAUGACGAUUAUGUUGAAUUCCAAUAUGAAGUCAUUAAAGUUAUGAGAAAUUUAACUCGGAGAAAUCAAGCGUCCAUGCAGCAGCAAAAUUACAAUUACAAUAUUAAUCGAGGCUACACUACGGCUACACCCGACUACAGGAUACAUGAAUAUCAACCAACACAACCCAUUCCAUCGACAUCCAGGAUGCCCUAUGAAUAUCAGCCAACACAACUCAUUCCAUCCACAUCCAGGAUGCCUCAAGAACUCAUGCAGCAAGAUGAUUCCAAAUCUUCAAUUAUUACUGAAUUAAGUUCAAUCACAUCGCCUGAUUACGAUUUCGAUUUUUCUAAAACUCCUUAAUUUAAUUUUUGAGUAUAAUAAAACAAUUACUACCUA